AGUUGCACCCUGGUCCGUCGCAGCAUUAUCGCCUAAUGUGUUACGUCAUCAACACUGGACGCACAAGCGCAAGAAACCAACAGCAAUAAUGCUUUUCUACUCGUUUUUCAAGUCGCUGGUGGGGAAGGAUGUGGUGGUGGAGCUCAAAAACGACCUAAGCAUCUGUGGAACACUUCAUUCUGUUGACCAGUACCUGAACAUUAAGCUCACAGACAUCAGUGUCACUGAUCCAGAGAAAUAUCCACACAUGCUGUCCGUGAAAAACUGUUUCAUCCGUGGAUCGGUGGUCCGGUACGUUCAGCUGCCCGCGGAUGAGGUAGACACUCAGCUCCUGCAGGACGCUGCGCGAAAAGAAGCCAUGCAGCAGAAGCAGUGAUUGACCUGAAGGAUGGGCUUGUGUCUGGACUGGGUUGUGGGGUGGGGGGGAAGGGAUUUUUUGACGUAGAAUUAUUAUAUAGUUUUGUGUUAAAUUCGAGAUGAUACGGUUUGUGCAGCUCUUGUGAUUUAGCAGUAUUGGUCAUGUUCCUGUCCUUUCAAAAGGAACACAAUUGCAUUCCUGACGUCAGUGAUCAAUCAUUUUGCCACCGUAAUUAUUGGAAAUGGUCUUCAGCCGUGCAGGGUGGCUUCAUUUUAUAUGGCCGUUUUGUUUAAAAGAAUUGGGUCUAAAUUCAAUUUUUGAGCCCAUUAGAGGUAUGUGUUGUAGUGUUUCUGUUGCGUAAAACAAGCACUGUUGCUUACCUUUAAAAAAUUAUGACUGUUUUUUUGAUUUUUUUUUUUAUGCCACUUCAAAAUAAAAUGCUAUUUUAUUUACAUGUUGAUCAUGUUCUUGUCAUUUACAGGGAUGCUUUUUUAGUU